GCAGAGCAGUCAUAGCUAUAAUGCCUGGCGUUACGAAAAUUAUACUUCUGGCAUGCGGGUCUUUCAAUCCAAUUACCAAUAUGCAUCUUAGGUUAUUCGAGGUGGCUAGAGACGCUCUCCAUGCAACAGGAAGAUACUCUGUAACAGAAGGUAUUAUCUCUCCCGUUCAUGAUGAUUACGGAAAAAAGGGGCUCCUAUCUAGUUAUCAUCGAAACUCAAUGGCUAAAUUAGCCACAGAAACAUCUGACUGGAUAAGAGUAGAUACAUGGGAAAGCGAAAUCCAAACCAAAUGGAGUCCAACAGUUACAGUUUUAAGACACCAUCAAAAUCAGAUUGAAUGUAAAAGGAGGAGAUUGGACUCUAACAUUCGCUCUGAAGAGGAAGUUGCACAAAUCAAAUUAUUAUGCGGUGCUGAUUUAUUAGAAUCAUUUUCGGUCCCUGACCUCUGGAAAGAAGAAGAUAAAGAGGAGAUUGUUUCGAAAUUUGGGAUUGUUUGCAUUACUAGAUCGGGAUCUGAUGCCGCAAAAUUCGUUUACGAAUCAGACUUGUUAAGCACCCAUUCGUCCAAGAUUGAACUGAUUAACGAAUGGAUUUAUAACGAAAUUAGUGCGACUAAAAUAAGGAGGGCGCUUGCUAGAGGUCAGAGCGUCAAAUAUUUAAUACCUGACGCAAUUAUCAAAUACAUAAAGGCAAAUGGUUUAUACGGAAGUAGCGUUCCAGUUAUGAACAAGUAAUAAGAAUGAGUAAGAGUAGUAAAAAGAUGUUUUAUAUUUUCGUAUUCAUUAUUAGUUUCAUAUUCCAAAAUUAUACCUUUUAUAUCCCAUUUUUUUCGCAUUUAUUAAAUAAUCCUAUGGAAUGAAACACACCUAAGAAAUACGUCGUCCUACCAUCAGUUGUAUGCGUAUAUACGUAAAUAUGCUGAAAAUAAGUUGAAUGUUAUCCAAAUGUGAUCUUAUAAAGUUGUGUUAACAUUGUGAUAAAAUCAAUACUAGUCUUUCUUCUAAUUUCCAUUUGUUUUCUUUUCCCUGCUCCUUUCCACCCAUUUGUAUUACUUAUUUACAGAUUCUGGCUAUCUGGCUCUUUUUCUUUUCGCUCUGUAUUUUGUAACUAAAAAGCAUGAGAUGGUCCCUUAGCAACAAACUUUUGUAACAUUUUUUAUUUAAUAUGCGUUCGAUUUUUAGCAUGAAAUAAAGGAAGUUGUUUCAUAAUGUUUAUUUCAUCAUUAGGAAAGAAUCGUAAAAUACCUUUGAAAUUUAUUUCAGACAAAAAUAUUCCUUACCAGUAAAUGCUCUGAAGGCCAUACGAAUUCAAGGCAAUCUGGAAACUAGAGUUUAAAAGAACAAUAAUAAAUUUUUAUAUCUCUGCAACAAAAUCAGAAUUGUCUAUUGACUUUGAGAUCAAAAAUCAUAACUGUUAUUGUUAAUAUGAAUGUUAUCCCCUAUGUAACUAACUGCAGCUCUUCUCCUCGUCUCUGGUAUUAUAAUCUUUCAUCGUUCCGUCAAUUUCUAUAUACAAUGUAAACAAUUGAUAUAAAAGAAAUCGUUAAAUAUUUAUGCUUACUAUAUACAGCAAAGCUGUAUAAUAUACGUAAUAAAAUGUUUACGAAAUUUU